CGACGAUUAACAAAGAGGUUAUGGUUUGUUCACCGGGGAAUUAGUUACAACAAUGUAUUGAUUAUACCAUCCAGAUAUUAUAAUUAACUAAGCAAUAGCUCGGCUUAGCGAAUAGGUUGACUCCGAUACUACGAGGUACAGCUCUGAUACAGUAACCAGAGCUGCCAGGAAGCCAUUAGCACUUUAGCUCCAGAGACGGUAGUCCUUUGUACUUCCGUGUUCGUCAGUGAAGCACACCAGGAAAGAUAAAGACAUUUAAUUAAAUAGAUCCAGAAACGACAUUUUUGGAUAGAUAUGAGAAAAAUGCCAACGUGAGCAUUGCAGGCAUUAUACAGAUAAAACAAAUACAUGAAAAUAUUACAUUAAUACUAAUAUAUAUAUAGACUUUAUUCAUCCCCAGGGGGAAAUGUUGUUGUAGCAGCAGAGAAUAACAAUUCACAAAAUCUGUACAAAAAAACGACUAAGCACUCAAAAAAAUGAAUCAUUUACAUAAUUGCAAACAGUUUCCAGUAGGUUGGAAACAGGAGGGAGCCAUCUUGUACUUAUUCUCUCCUCUUUGUCUACACGUGCUGAUUGGCAGUCGCUGAACUGAAGCGCUCUGUUAUUGUUGUUGUUUACGUAAAGCACUUGCGCUCAAUGCCGGAAGAUAAUUGAACGUAACGCAAACAGUCAGCACUGACGUGGAGAGUUUCAUAAUUCCCUCUGGCUGCACUGGGCGACUUUAUUAAACUACUUCAGUGAACGGUCCCGUUUCUCUAGAAACAUGGCCUCCAGUUCCUUCGGCAGUAGACUGGUGGCUUGUCUUCUCAAUGUCUCCGAGGCUCGCAGGAAAGACCUGGUGGAGAGCGUGGCCAAGGCCGCCUUAUACGACAAGGAAGGUGUUAGACGAGAGGGGACGGCGGUGCUGAACAUCUUUAAUGACCGAGACUACAACCGUUCCGUCAUCACCAUCGUGGCCAGUGUCGACUCCAUCGGGGAGGCGGUUCUGUCUGCGUGCGAGAAAGCGUGCGUGCUGAUCGACAUGGGCGCCCACAAAGGGGUCCACCCAUGCAUGGGCGCCGUCGACCUCAUACCCAUCUACCCCCUGGGCGAGGAGGUGGGAGUGGAGGACUGUGCUAAAGAGGCUCGGGCCGUGGCUCGGGGACUCACGGAGCGGGUCCGGGGCACCAGCGCUUUCCUGUUCGGCUGGGCAGACUCCCCCCGUCGGCGGGGGCUGGCGCAGAGGAGGAAGGAGGUGGGCUGGUUCGAGAAGACGCCAGACUUGCGGCUAAUCAGGCCCGACGUGGGGCCGCGGCCUCGGAAACCAUUCGGUCUCACAGGUGUCGGGGCCAGUCCGUACGUCACGAACUGCAACGUCACCAUCGACACCCGGGACAUGGCGGUGGGACGCGGCGUCGCCGCGGCCCUCAGGGAGUCGACCCCGGGGGGACUGCCCGGGGUUCAGGUGCUGGCCUUGCCGCACCAGGGCGCCGUGGAAAUCGCCUGUAAUGUGGAGAGCGUGAGAUGGAGCCCGACCGCAGGUGAACCGUGGCCGCGUUUCAGCAUCGACGGCCAGCCGUACUGUCACGUCCCGGCGUCCCUCAUCACGAGGAGGGUCGCGGAGCUGGCGGGGAGGGAGGGGGUUGGCGUCAAGGGCACCGCGCUGGUGGGGUUCACCCCCCGAGAGUGCAGGGGCCUGGCAGAGUUCGCACUGUCUCGAGGGAUUGCCGAGUUCUGGAAGGAACGGGGAAGGAUCCGUAUGUGAGAAUGAAGCCGGUGAAACCUCACGUGAAAGAACCUCGUCUUUGUUUUGUUGUCACUUUAAUUACCAUGACGAUUGACCUCCUGUUGAGGCCGGACUUCUCUGUCACCCUGUCAACAACAGUGGCAUAUUUACUACUCAUCUUUUAGUCAAUAAGUAUUUAAUUAGUACGCAAAAGAAAAAGUGGGUUUCUCAUUUCUAACAAACUGUUGCUAGCUAGUUGGAUCAGUUAGCUAAUUAACUAGCCGCUAUGUCAGGUGACAACUCGUCUUAUUUUUAAAUGACUGUCGACAAUCUGUAUUAUGCACAUACGUUAUAUAUGAUUCUAAAAAAAACGGGUUUAAGCUUUUUCUCGCGCACAAAAUGUAUCGCGCUCAACAGUUACAGCUAACUUCUAUAUCCCAACAGUCGUACAUGAGACCGACAACAGGUACGAUUCAUCCUUUCGUGUUUUAUUUUGAGCAUGUCAAAUUCAAAAUGAUAUGCGCUUUGAUUUUGGAGGUGAUGCUGAUGCCGGUUAGUUAGAUGUUAACAUUUAAAGCAUUUAAAGUUAGAGCAGGCCAACACAACGUCGAACCCAUUUCACUCACAUCACGUUAUUUCCUCAUAGAUUCAUAUCACCUGACAUCCGAUCCAACGUCACUAACAUCGACAUCCAAUCCAAUGGCUGCAUUUGAAGAGAUUCCACUGUUUUUGAUGAGCAACUGUGUUCAGAAUAUAACAAUAAUAAAAAUAAUGUAUUAAUUAAA